AUAUAUGUGGAGGCACGAUCGAUUUUUUGGUCAGUCGUUCGUUCGCCACGGAAGAUCGUGUUUUGAUCUUGGUGAACACAGAAGAUUUUUAUACACAGUGAUCAUUUUUUUUUUUUUAUCGUUUCUCGAUUGCAGAGAUUGCAGUCCGAGUACUACUUACGAGAAGAACUUUUUUUAUUCGAUCGAAUUGAAAUCGCUCGAGGAUCAUUGAGAAGGGGGAAAAAGUUGGAGUAAAGAAAGAGAAAAAAUAGGGAACUGUUUUUAGAGAGAAGGAAGGUUCCCUUAAGUCUCGGUGGAUAUAUCAUCGUCGAAUUCGCUCGUGCGAUAAAGGCGGCGAUCAAAUACCACCGAGUAUUCACCAAUGAGCGUAGCGUGCAGUGGUUGCACACGAGGACAAAACCGUGGAACGCGCACGAGGAACAGACAGUGCAACGCUUUGGCGACCGAGGUCCUCCAGAAUCCCGGAUUCUCUCCAACACCACCUGACCUGAUCACCUCGCGCGAGACCGUACACCUUCGCAACGUAACCGUUCACCAUGGGGCUCGACUUCUUGGCAGACGGAGGUGCCGAUUUCGAGCAUGCAAUCACCGUAACAGGUUUCGGGAAAUUUCACUACAUGCUGCUGGCAGUAUGCGGCUUAAUUUACAUGGACACAGCCAUUGGAGUCACGAUACUCUCGUUCGUGUUACCGGCAGCACAAUGCGAUUUGGAAAUGGAUUCAACAUCGAAAGGCUGGCUAACAGCUUCCCCAAUGUUAGGUAUGGUGGUUGGAUCUUACAUAUGGGGAUGCCUGGCUGACACCAAGGGGAGGAAAGUGGUGUUAAUUGCUACGUUAUUAAUGGAUGGUGUCGUAGGCGUCAUUUCCUCCUUCGUCCAGUAUUUUUGGAUAUUCCUAGUAUUCCGUUUCUUCAACGGAUUCGCCGUUACGGGAGCUAUGGGAAUUUGUUUUCCGUAUUUAGGGGAGUUCCAGCCGACAAAGUAUCGUGAAAGAUGCCUUUGUUGGAUGGAAAUGUUCUGGACCGUUGGAGUCAUAGUAUUACCAUUGAUCGCGUGGUUGAUCAUACCGAUGGACUUUAUGUACAUCUCGGACGUGUUUUACUUCAAGUCGUGGAAUCUCUUUGUAGCGCUGUGCGCUCUACCCUCGAUAAUGUUAGGCUUGUGGCUGUUCGCGUUCCCGGAGAGCCCGAAGUUUCUCCUCGAGUGCGGCGAAACGGACGCCGCCCUCGAAGUGUUCAAAUGGAUUUACUCGCAGAACACUGGCGAAAGCCCUGACUCUUACCCGGUGAAAACGUUGCAAGAGAAGACUAAAGAUAAGAGCACGAGGUCGUUGAAGCUACACAAACGAAAAGACCUGAAGGUUCUCCUGAAGGAGGUACAAGACCUAACAACCGCUCUCUGCAAAUCACCAUACCACAAAAACACGCUACUUGCCUGUGCCAUUCAAUUUGGCCUCACUAGUAGCUACUACACCCUUAUGGUCUGGUUCCCAGAAUUGUUCACCAGAUUCGAGCAAUUCGAACACGACAAUCCUGGCCAGAGCACAUCAGUGUGCAUCGUGUCAGCCCAAUCGGAUAAUGCGACGCUGGUCGACGCUUUUGGAUGUGACACUGUGAUCGCGCCUUCUGUUUAUCUGCACACCGUGUAUAUAGGACUCGCCUGCAUUCCUGGAUCCAUCAUCCUACCACUUUUCGUGCACAAACUGGGCGCCAAAUUCUUUUUAAUCGUAUCACUGUUGGUCUCCGGUGCAGUGACGGUUGCCUUCUAUUACGUCGUCAAUGCGACGCAGAAUCUGAUAUUAUCCUGCGUGUUCGAGGCUCUGACGUCCCUCGGUAUCUCGUUGGUCUAUUGCGUAAUUGUCGACAUGUUCCCGACGAAUCUCAGGGUAAUGGCUGCAGCUUUAUCUCUCACAAUGGGUCGAUUAGGCGCGCUGGUCGGUAACUUAGUGUUCGGAUACCUGAUCGACUUGGCCUGUGUGGUUCCUAUAGUUUUAUUCGCGGCAUUUUUAUUCCUUUGUGGAUUUAUGUCUUUCCUGUUGCCGAAAACAGGAAAAGAGACCCUUGAUUAACCGGAAAAUCUCGUCUCCUGGAGAGAAUCGAGAGAAGAAAAUAUUUCCGGCAGUGGAAGAACGAUCGAUUUGCGUUGACAAGAAUCAUUCUUCAAUUAGAAGAAAUUCGAUCUCUAUAUUGACAAACACUAGUGUUGUAUUACAGCUACUAGCGAUCGAUGGGAAUUUUUCGCACUUCGAUCUCUACGAACGUUUCGUACUUUCGUAUAGAAAAUAAGAUGACGUGUAGGAUUUUCAUUGGAAAGUCCGUAUUAUAUUUUUAACAGCGUGUAAAUUCGUGUAAAUAUGUAAUAUUUAUUCUGCGAACGUUUUACGUAUCAUUUUGUGAAAAAGGAUCAAGUAUUGUGAUCAUCAAUUAAAUGGAACUUGAUGUACAGACGCGGUUAUUCAAAUUGCGCGCCAAAACACGUCUGAACGAAUAUUUGAUAAGCGAUACGUUAUUUACGAACAUAAAACUAAGAGACGCUGUUCAGCGUUUGUAAUUCCUUUAUUUGUCUGUAAAAGAAAAACCUGUAUUCCGAAACCUGUAAGAAUAAAUAUGACUCC